AUGGCUACCGAAGACCCGAUUCCAAAGGUCGAUCCUGAAGUUGAGAACGAGUCCGACAACGAAUCUGACGUCGAAAGCAUUGUAGAUGUGAGUGAAGAGCUCGCCAAAACCGCCGAUCAGCUGAACUAUGUGGAAACCCUUGAGAUUGGCGAAACUGCAGAACUGAACAAAGCUCUGGUAGAUUCGUUUCAUUGUUAUUACACCGAUGUUAUCAAUGAGUUUGCUGAUGUUGAGAUCUUCUUGAUCUCGUUGGACUCGCUUCUGUGCGAGUUCACAGCUCACAAGUACAACAACUGGGUGUUGGGAGGUCAAACCAUUGUUUUGGCUCACCAGGUAAGGAAUUUUGUUAGGUCUUUGUUUGAUUUUUAGGUACAAAACAGAUUGAAAAUGAUAUUAACAUUGAUGAAGGAGAAAAUUGCUUUGUUUUUAUAGAUAACUUAAUAAAAAGACUUUAGUUUUUAACAAAGACUUUUGAAAUAUUAUAAAAGAAGGUACGAAGCUUCAAAAUUAAUUCUUCAGGUCCGAUCUUUCUUCGAGCGCCUAAACGACCUCAACGCCAAGUACAAGUUGAUCUGGUUCACAGACUUGGAACACAAAUAUGCAUCGGAUUCAGUGUUGAACUUCUUCUACAAUUACUUGAUCGCGUUCUUGGAUAGCACAGAGUACUCAAAGUAUGUGGAGCGAUUCUCAAGCCCUUUGGACCCAGAAUGGGAUUCUUUUUUGAAACGAUUAACUCCUUCGUUCUUGUUGAUGUCUGUCGAAAACCCGAGUUUGGAGGUAGUUAGAGAUGAAAUCAACUUUGUUUUUGAGUUUGCUUCUGUUGGUGAGUUAUUUUUUUAUGGUAUUGGGUGUUUAGAUUUAAAUUUUCGAGGUGGCGGGCAUGGUUAAUAUAAAGUUUUUGGAAUUUUGGGCUAGUAAAGGUAGGAUUGACCUUUGAACGACGAUUUUUGUUAAGUUGUAGUAGUGUAACAUGAUUCUGCUUACCUUUUCUGUAAUCUUCUGGGCAAGAAAAGGUCAGAAAGUUUAUGGAAGAGGCACAUCUUAAUGUUUAUUAUAAUAUAAGAAGUUUUUUGACUAAAAUGUUGUAAAUAGGCAUAUUUUAGAUAUUUUAAUUAAUAAUGUAAUUUUAGCCGUCCAACUGAUCACAAAAGGCAUUCCGGUGAUUUAUUUCGAAGGUUUCUCAAUGAACUUCUCAACAGUAUUAGCCUAUCGUAUUAAGGUUUGCCCGGUCGUUGCCUUCAACUUCGACGAAAGGUUAAGCAAUAUCUGGAACAAAUCAGCUGGUAAGACGAGUAGAAUUGAAUUUUAAUUUUUUUUUACAUUUGCGAAUUUCAAAGAAUCGUAUUUUACAUCAAAUUUCAGAAAAACGAAUCCACUCCCUAAGUGCCGGUGAAUGCAAAAACACGGUCGAUUUCCUCACCAUUGUCUUGAAGAAAGAGUUGGAAAAGGGAAGAGACGCAGAUUUUGAAAAGUUUUGCUUAUCAGUAUUACUAGCCGGCUUCAUUGGACAGACGGUCGGCUACAAAAGGUACCUACCGAACGCGGAAGCACCAAAAGUCAGUGACAUCUUGGUGACACAAUGUAGGCGGAGAAUUUAUGCCGCUUUGACUGAGUCAUUGAAGAGCUUGGAUGUUAAGGUAGGUUUUUAAAAGGUGGAAGUUGUUUCGAAAGAAGUCGGAGUUUUGAGAUUUUGGGUAUCGUUUAAUAGUCUAAUGAUGAAUAUUGGCCUAUGAAAAUGACUUUUUUGCUAUUUUUUUAUUAUAAGUGUCAUUUGCGUAAUUUUUCUACUUUAGACUGUCAAAUUCCUGCUAGACGACAUCUGGGAUGGUCGUCUAAUUCUCUUUAUCUUCGCCAAUGCCAUUAACAACAAACCCAUCCUUCCCUACCGUUUACAAAUGGAAUUUGCCAAAGCUCACGAGAAAGUAGGCUUCAAAGAAGCACUGGCUACAGACGAGAACGACACUCUUCUAAUCCCACCAGAAGACGAAAACGACGGCGAUCUUCUGAUCAACAGCUGUGGCAUCUUCCCAGUCCAAAACGGUUUUGUCGAUGCCAUAUUCGGAGACAAUGAAGUCUUGAAGAAGUUGAGCCACAACCCAGAAGAACAAACCGACUUUGAAAGCAUCUUCAGAAGCGCCUUCAAAUGGAGAUUCUUGCCGGUCGAAGAUCGUCUACUUCAACUAGAACCUAAAGUACAACUAACAGCGUACGAGAUCAAGAAGUUGAACAGAAGCAGACAACGACAAUCCAAAUGGCUUCAAGCUUUCUCGGAUUCGUUAGAAGGAAGAGGUAACGAUUUAUUGGUCGAUUUCUCCCGUGUCCCAAGGUUACCAGCAGUAGAAGAAGAGGAAAAGAAAGAAGAUGAGGAUGAUAAGAAAGGAAAGAAGGGAGGCAAAGGAAAGAACGACAAAAAGGCAACAAAGGCUCCAAAAUUGUCAAAGAAAGAUCAGAUUCUGGAAGCUAAUAAGCAGGCCAUGGUUAAGAAACAAGUUGAGAGUGACAAGGUCAAGAUUCAGUAUGCUACAAAGGUCAAAACUAACGUGAGUUUCUAAAUUUUCGUUUGUUUUUUAGGUAUCAGUGGUUUGCUUUGUUGAUUUUAAGGUCUUUUUUGUAGUUAUUUAGGAUUUAAAAAGCCUUUUUGUUUAUUUUCUGAUAUUAUUGUAGUUUAAAAGGUCGAAAAAUCCACUGGUUUAGAUUUUUUACACUUGUUAACCAAAGAAUUUCUAAAAUUGUCAUUUUUAGGCCAUUCAAGCCUUGGAAAACGUGAAAAGAAAGCUUCAACUCGAUGAAUCCAAGGCCAUUUGCGCCUACGAACUCAUCCUCCGUUACGCCGACGCCUUCUACGCGAAGGCCAACAAGUGCCAGUCGGUGGAAGAGAAACGACAAGCAGCGGUUGAUCUAGUAGGCCAAAUCAAACAAAGUUUCGUUUCUCAUUGGCAAUUCUUGGAUUCUUCUCAACAGGGCAAGAUCGAAGACAUUUGGAUCCAACUCGGCUUCUACAAACAUCCAAAGAAGAAGGCCAGUAGGGAGUAUGACUUGGGAAUCGAUGUGAUUUACUAUCAACUCUACCACGGUGGACGUUUGAUUGAUGUACUGACGGAUUCACAACAAGAUGAACGUGUUGUCGGCUUCAAACCGGAUGCUUGGCAAAGGAAAAUGUUGAAUGUCGUGGAUAGAGGUGGGUGUUUUGAGUUUGAUUAGGUUAUGUUGGGAGUUGGUUGAUAUUUUAAUACCUAAACUACUAUUUUUUGAAUCUUUUGUUAGCUAUACUUUAAAAACUAAAAACGCAUUUUUAGGUGAAUCAGCCCUAAUUGUCGCCCCAACUUCGGCCGGUAAGACCUUCGUUUCAUACUACUGUAUCGAAAAGGUCCUUCGCCAAAGCAACGAAGAUGUCGUAGUCUACGUAUCACCCUCAAAGGCCUUGACCAAUCAAGUUUGUGGCUCAGUGUACGCCAGGUUCAGAAACAAGCCCCUACAAGGCAACACCGUCCUGUUCGGUACGAUCUUGAACGAGUACAGCGAAAACGCAUUGAACUGCCAAGUCUUGAUCACCAUCCCUCAAUGUCUGGAAGAAAUGUUGCUCAGCCCAGACCCACAAAUCCAACAGUUUGUCAGCCGCAUCAAGUAUGUCAUCCUUGAUGAAGUUCACUGUAUUAACACGGCUGGACAAGGUCACAUUUGGGAGCACAUCUUCUUGUUGAUCAAGGCCCCAUUCCUAGCACUUUCUGCCACAAUCUCCAACGUUGACGUCUUCCAUCAAUGGCUGCAAGGAGCAGAGAACUUCAAGGCCGUGAAAGGAGAAAAGCCACGAAAUGUCAAUCUGAUCGUCUACAAGGAAAGAUGGUCCGAAUUGGAAUUGGCCAUCCAGAAGAUGGAUGACUGUCCAGAUGAUAUUGAUUUCACAAGAGAUAUUGAGUUGUUCAACAAAGGAUUCAGUCUGGCCGACAUGAACAGAAAGAGCGACUCGAAUCAAGGGAGUUUGGCCGAUAUCAACAAGGCCAUCAAGUCGGACUUGAAGUAUUUCAUGCCUUACAGUGUCUACAAGCCAGAGAAAAUCCGUAUGUUUUCCAUUCCAGAUGACCAACAACUGACUGCUAGACAGAUUGUCGAGCUUUAUGUUAUCAUGGCUGAAGUGGACGGUAAAGUCAAGUAAGUUUUGGUGGGAAGUUGAAGUAGUAAAGGCAUGAUUUCUAUACUUUUGUAUUAGAAAAAGGAAACUAAAGUCUUAUUUUUGGAUAAGAAAUUGAUUUUUUAUAAUUAAAAUGAAUUUUCAUGACGUUGUUUUAUUGCUUUUGACCGUAAAUUCUUUUAGAGACGAGUACGAACCCUCAAAGUUCUUCGGGUACACUCCAGGAGCCCUAGAAUGCGUCUGGUUGAACAGAACUCAACUCCGUGACUUUGAGACAAAACUAAAACAACGUUUCCUCGACUGGUUGCACAACGAUCAGGCCAAGAUUGACAAGGUCUUCGAAAAGCUGGAAACCGACGUCAAGGACGAGUUCGACAAGCGAAUGAAGCCCUUCAACAUGUUCAGAGCCGCCCUUCACAACGUAGUCCCAUUGUUGGAUCAACUCAAAGGUGAUGACAUGUUACCAUCAAUUUGCUUCAACGACAACCGUGAAUUCUGCGAACAAUUGGCCAUUCACUCGUUCAACGAAUUCGAAGUCCGAGAAAUGAGGUACAUGAACACGGCCGAAUUCAAGAAAAAGUUCAACUUCAAGGCUGAAGAUCGUGCCGCCAAAUUGGCCAAAAGAAAGCGUGAUGUAAAGGAAGACGACAAGAAGAAGGGAGGACCUCCAGAAGACGAACCCCCAGAGUCGGCCGAAGAUUCAGAUGUUUUUGCGCUUCAAAGAAUCAAGCUGAAGGAAGUUCUUUCACAAUUCAAACUCCAAGGCCGAGUAUCAGACGAAGAACUCUACGAGAAGACCAUCGAGAGGCUGAACCAAAAGAGUGGCAAUCGCCCAUCCACCAAAACCCUACUCAAGCUGUUCGAAAGAGGAAUCGCCUUCCAUCAUGAAGGUCUGAAUGCCCAAGAAAGAGGAGCAGUUGAAAUCUUGUUCAGAGCCGGCUUCGUAGGAAUUCUGUUCUCAACCUCCACCCUCGCGCUGGGUAUGAACAUGCCCUGUAAGACGGUUGUGUUCGGCAUUGACACUCCACAAUUGUCGCCCCUCCAGUUCCGUCAAAUGAGUGGUCGUGCUGGUCGUCGUGGUUAUGAUCCAGCCGGUACCGUCAUCUUCAUGGCUCUACCAACAAGCAAGAUCCGCCGUCUCUUAACGGCCUCGCUGGCUACGCUGAGAGGUAACGUCCCAUACACGACGUCAUUCCUGUUGAGACUGUUCAGCUACGUCAACGGAAUCAAGGAAGAGUUCUCGACCAGGGAAGAGAUCGCUGCUGCCUACAAGGCCAAGACGAUAUCAGAAAAAGUGGCCACAACAUUGUUGGAGAAGCUGAAGUUGAAGGAAGCCACCAAGAAGAAGAUCUCAUCAGAAGACGACGUGGUUCAGAAGGAAGGAAGAAUCCAAGCUGCUCUCACUCUACUCAAGAACUCGUUCGCUCUCUACACUAGACACGAGAAGAAAGAAGGAUCCUUGAAGGAAGUCCUAAAAGGCCUCACCUUCUUCAACAUCCAACUACUCAGAAGACUGCAACUCAUCAACGACCAAGGAGAAACCACCGGCUUUGCCAAUAUUGCAGUACAUUUGGGUGUCCACGAGCCAGGCAAUUUGCUCUUCGUCUACCUACUACAAGUUGGCGCCUUCCACAAGCUUCACAAAACCACCCACGAAAACGAAACCCAGUACAAACAGACCCUGGUCAAUGUUCUGGCUCACUUGUUCACGAACAGAAGACUGCCAGUCGGAUACGAACCUGGAGAGAAGAACAUUGCUCUGCCAAAAAUGCCAGAAAUGUUCGAGGACCUAGUCAACAAGUACAACAAGGACACGGAGAAGCUGUUGUUGGCUAGUCUGCAAGCUUUCUUCCCUUCAAAACAAAUUGACGUAAGUUUUUUGGGCUUGGGUGGUGGUUAAUAUAGAAUUUUUUAGAGGAUUUUGGGUGUAUAAUUUUGUUUUCCAAGCUUAAAAUAUAAUUUUUUUAAAUUUCAGUUGCGUUUUUAAAGCCUGUUUUGACAUAAAAUAAUAUUAUUCUCCAUUUCAGAACGAAUAUUUCCGAUUGAGCGGCAAAACCACGGACCUAUCGUUCGCCGAAACCAACGUCGUAUCAGUGUUCGACGAUGAUCUAGCCGUCGACCCAGCCUUCAUCCCAACUGUUGUCGAACUAAAGGACCACAGAGGCCGUGUGAUCCACAGAAACUCGUACGCAUACGACUUUUACAUCAACGGAUCCAAGGAUUCUUUGAUCACGGACAACAAACUCGACAUUGGAGAGAUUUGGUACCUGAUUGAUGACUUUAACGUAAGUUUUAGGAGGUUUUAAAGGGUUUUUUGGGAUUUUGAAAGAUUGAAAUGGAUGAGGCGAUGUUAGGCUUUGUAAUUGUGUACCACUAGUACCAUGUUACCUUUGCUUUUAUCAAAAUCAAUUUUAAUGACUGCUCCCCCUGUGGAUUUAAAUUUUUUUUGGUAAUAAUCAUAACCUUUUGGUGCACUAAUAGUACCAGUUUAUAAUUCGCUUCUAUUUUCAGAAGAUGCUGAAAUCUCUGCGUGAAGUGUUGGCCUACAGCGCCCGUGUCAACGACGCCGUCCUCCUCUCCGUCACCCAGAUCUCGGAAGAGUACGAGAAGAAGUUCAGACACGCGUUCGGCAUGAAAACCUUCACUUGA